AUGACGCUCGACACCGAAGCUCCCCUCCAGCUCACCGACGACGGCCCCAACAACGAGCGCGCCAACCCACGUCCGGUGCAUCACACUCCAGCCUCGUCUGUCUCGGAAGCCACGACCGGCCAGACCGCUGGCAUGAUCCGGCAGAGUGCCAUUGUCAACCUGUCGCCGUCGAUUUGCGGCACCCUGAUGAGGGCACAGCCGCAUUCGUCUUCUGCUGUGCACCAUCAUGGGGAGCAGGUCUACUGCGUUAGCGGGAGCAAAGGCGCUAUCGUAUGGAAUGGAGAGACAGGCAAGGAGGAGAGGGUGGAGAUGAGGAAGGGCGACUGGGCUCUGAUCCCGGCGUUCAGAGAGCAUCAGGAGGUAAAUGAUGGUGAUGAUGAGGCGGUGUGGGUUAUUGUGAGGGCGCCUGGGGGCGUGCCUGUUGUUGAGAACUUGGAGGGAUGGGGCGGGAGUAAGAAGGAGUGA